AUUGUUUUUUACGUAUUAAUUUACUUUAUUUAUAACUUUAAUAUUACGUUUUUUAACUUUUCAGAUACACCUUCCUUUCCUGGAUCUCGUUCAUCUACACCUAGUCUCUAUCGACAGGCACUCCAGCCACACGUCCCAACCGUAGAUGCCGGUGCAAUUGUGGAUCUGGAAGUGCAUGCAUGUAAAGUUGCUUCCUGUUUAGAUACCAUGUUGGAAAAUUUAAGUGGAACUUUACAGAGUAUUUCUUCAUUAACAGUAGAUUGUAUGGAGACUUAUCAAACAGCUGUAUUUAAAACAUGUAAUGGAGUAGAUACUAAUAUCAAGUCUAUGUAUCAACUAAUGGCCAAAUGUGAAGAAAUCAGUGCAUCAAUGAGACCACUUUAUAAAAUCUCAGAGGAAAUGUAUCCUUUUUUGAUAAAUUAAAACUAUUAUAUAUUUAUAUACAUAUGUAUUUUUUUAUAUUAAAAUUUUAUAUAUAUAUUUAAGUCUAAAAAAGACUAAGAUGCUAACUGGAAGUUAAAAUUGUGUGUGAUGCCAUUUGUUAUGAAAUUUUAUUAAAAAUAACUUUUAUAUUAUAUAAAUACUAGCAGAUAAGCCCAGCAUUGCUCAGGCAA